AUGAAGAAGAUGAUGAAUAUAGAGAAAAUAUAAUAAUCUAAAAAUUUAAACUUAAAAAAUAAGGAAUAAACUUUGAAAAAUUUAUGUAUUAUAUGGUAAUAAUUCCAUUUAUUUAGAUUUGAAUAGGAUAUAUUUUUACAAAAAGAAAUCUCCAUUUACCCUUUAGAUAAAGAAUUAUUUAAAUUAAUUUUUAACUUAUUUGAUGAAAAUAAAUCAGAGCUCUUAGAUUUUAGAGAAUUUCUUAUUUGUUUAAGCAUUCUAAUAAGAGGUUCUUUUGAUGAAAAAUUUAAAAUGAUUUUUUUAGCUAAUACAUCAAAAAUUUUGUAAUUUAAUGAUUUUGAAGCACUUUUAUUAAUACUCAUCGCUUAAUAUAUUCAAAUAACUAAAGAAUAUUAGCAAUUUAUAGAAAGAAUAAAAAGACCUUCAUUCACUUACUUUGACAUGUUAAAUGUAUUAAAAGAUCCUUUCAUUAUUCAAAUAGAAUUGUUAAAGAAGUAAAAAAAAUCAGGGAUUAAGAAAUGUGCUAAAUAAAAUAGAAUAAUAAAUGAAUGA